GCUGCAGAAUGCCUCAGGAGCAUUCCCAGUUCAUUCAUAAAAGCAUGGAAUUUUCAAAGGCAUAAAAUACUGCUGCGUUUGAAAACGCCACCAGAAGGCUGAAUCGUGACACAAAUUCAGCAGCAAUAUGACUGCAAUGAGAUUAUUUAUUUCUCCCAUUAAAUUCUCCCUACAAACCUGUUAGAUACAUACACAUAGGCUCAGGUCUUUGCUCUCGUUGCUGUUUUGUGUGAUAGCUGUGCCUAAACGCUGCGGUCCCUCUCCAGGCAGCACUCAGCGCGUUCUGCGCGCCCCCAUCACCGUUCCCAGCCUCCCGUCAGCGCCGAGCACAGCGCCAUCUCCCGGUUACUCGCAAUGAUCACAGCAAAAGGCGCAGCUUUAAGCUCGGCUUAAAUAAUCGUUUACCUGCACACCGCCUUGCUUCCUUUUAAUUCUGUGGAGUGUUCCUGCUGCGGACAGGCAUACAGGUAACAAACCACCCCUGAACUGAUCCGAUCAGAGGACGGAAAGGGGGAAAAAAACCAAAGCCCUGUUUGGCUCCAAACGUGGGGCCGAUCAGCUCCCGGAGGGGCAGCGCGGACAGGACAGGCGCCGGGCCCACGCCACGUGAGCACGCACGCAGGAGCCGCCGGGUGCAGGUGGGGUCACCCGGCCCAGCCCGAGCUCCGUGCUGCCCUCCCCUGCACUGGGGCGGCUGCCGUAACGAGCAGAGCAGCUCGGCACCGCCGGCUCUGAGGGAUUCCCAGCACACAGAGCCCUCUGAAAGCCUCCCUUCUGCACGGCCAAUAGCUCAACGGGCAGCCAAGCCCGGCCCUGUCACAGCCUGCCCAACCAGACGGCCGGGCAGCGGAGCGCUCGUUGAAUUACACGUUCCUCGUUACCUUACUCCUCCACUAUCAAGUGACACCGAGGACGGACCGCAUCGCUCCGCAGUCCGUUCGCGGCUCGGUUAGAGGAGCUGCAGGAGGAUGGGGAGGAGCGCACGCUGCCGGCGCCUCCCGGCGAUGGGCACCGCGGCAGCGCCCCGCUGAGAGCGCAGCCCGCGCAGCGCCAUGCCCGCCCCGCAGAAGAAAAUCCUCUUCUGCCUGGCUGGGGCGUUCAGCUUCGUGUGCGCCCUGGGGACCGCAGCCGCCAUCGGCACCCAGCUGUGGGUGAAGGGAACCAUCCUCUGCAAGACAGGCGCGCUGCUGGUCAACGCCACCGGGCCGGAGCUGGAGAAGUUCAUCGGGGAGAUCCGCUAUGGGCUCUUCCACGGCGAGCGAGUGAGGCAGUGCGGGCUCGGGGGGAGGCCCUUCCAGUUCUCAUUUUUUCCAGACUUGCUCAAGAUUAUCCCUGCGAGCAUCCACGUCAGCGUCAUUCUCUUCUGCACAGUGCUGAUCAUCUUCACGCUGGUGGGAACGGGCUUUUUCCUGUACAAUGCCUUCGGCAGCCCCUACGAAACACUGCAUGGCCCUGUGGGGCUGUACCUGUGGAGCUUCAUCGCCUGUUCCUGCGGCUGCCUCAUCAUGAUCCUCUUCUCCUGCGAGGUGAAGAUCCACCACCUCUCAGAGAAAAUUGCUAACUUUAAGGAGAAAAGUUUCACAUUUAAGACCCACAGUGAACGGUUUGCAGACUCCUUCUGGAUCAUCCUGGCCUGCUCCCUGGUGCACUUCCUCAACACGCUGCUGAUACGCCUGGCCGGGUUUGAGUUCCCCUUCUCUAAACCCAAGGACUCAGGGACAGCCACUGGUGCCGCAGACCUGAUGUACUAGAGUCACACAGCGUGAGGACAGAGGUGUUCAUCACUGCUGCCCUCAGCAGCCGCCACCCACACCAGCUUUUAAGGAAGUUAAAAACAAGAGGAGGUUUCAGAUAACUGUUGUGUGACACACGCAGUAAAUAAAAGAUAACGUGCUAGUUGAUAAA